AUGUCCGACAAGGAGUUCGGAGGCGCCAACGAGGAUCUCUCGCUCCCCAAGGCGACCGUCCAAAAGAUCAUCACCGAAGUCCUCGCCCAGCUCUCUCCACCCUCCGCCAAUACAAAGUCACCCAGUGAUCAAGACAAAGAAUCCCAUCAGACCAUGACCAAGCCUGCGCGCGAGUUACUCAUCACAUGCGCCCUCGAGUUCCUGCGAAUGCUGUCCAGCGAAGCCAACGAAAUCUCCGAGCAAGAAUCGAAGAAGACUAUCUCGAUGGAGCACAUCGAGAAGGCGCUUACGGAACUAGGCUUCAAUGAGUACAUCCCGGGCUGCAGGGAGGUCGUAGAGGAGUGGAAGGAGACACAGAAGAAGCGGGUGGAUCGCGGCGAGAAGAUGAAGGCGUUUGGCGGCGCGAAGGAUCUUGGGGAGGAGGAGUUGUUGAGGAUGCAGCAGGAGCUAUUAGGCCAGGCAGGGAGGGCUUGA